CUGGCCGUAGACUUUUCUUCUUUUUGGAAGAUGUCAUAUUACCUCCUAAGAAACAGACACCAAGCUGCUGAUUCUUCGGCAGAGCAGCUGGCAGCCCGCUGUCCACAGCUAUGGCCGGCCACUUGACUAUUAUUCUAUCCCGUCACGCCGGUGUCAUUAUCGGCUACGGGUAGGUACCGACUACUGCGCAGGGGUACGGAGAGGGUACCCGGGUGCCUCCCACGGGUAGGUACCUAACUUUACGCCAUGCGUAUCUCAGCCUAGCUCAGCCGGGCGGGACUGGGUUCUGCCAAGUGGCCGACAAGUGGUGGACAAGUGGUGGGCGGGAGGAUGAGUCGAGCAAAUCAUCAGUCGCCAGUCCCAUCGAGCAAUCCUCAAAUCAGACCACUCGCAAAUCCCUCUUUUCUAAACCACCAUUACCACCCAAACUCCCAAUUCCUAUCGAACCGCCGCCCUCUUACCACGCAAGAACUACGUCCUGUCGCUGCUACUAUCGCCAUGUUCUUGCAGCGCUCCGCCCUCGCUGUCGCCCGCCGGGCCUCCGUCGCCCCGGCCGUCCGACGUGGUUUCGCCGUUUCGGCUCUCCGCCGCGAUGCGAACAAGGUCGAGGCUCACGCCGCUCCCAGCCAGAAGAUUAAGACCCUCAGCGAAAUCAGGGCCGAGGAGGAUCUAAUCGGACCGGGUGCCGCGCCCGGCACCGUCCCCACCGAUCUUGAGCAAGCGACGGGUUUGGAGCGAUUGGAGAUUCUCGGAAAGAUGGAGGGCGUAGACAUCUUCGACAUGCGACCUCUCGAUGCUUCGCGAAAAGGAACUCUCGAUAAUCCCAUUCUGGUCAAGUCGGCCGGCGACGAGCAAUACGCUGGCUGCACCGGUUACCCAGCCGACUCCCACAUUGUCACCUGGCUCGGCAUGUCGCGCGAACGACCAGUGGAGCGGUGCCCCGAGUGCGGUAGCGUUUACAAGAUGGAGUACAUCGGACCCCAAGACGACGGCCACGGCCACCACGACCACCACGGCUACGAGGAGCCCAAGACGUUCGCUGACUACGUCAAGCCGCAAUACUGGUGAACGUGUCUUCCCGUUCGGGGAUAUAGGCGUGUGAUGGUUCGGUGGGAGGCGAGACUGCAUGGGAAAAAGUGGGAGAGGGACGGCAGGAGGAGGGUGUAUAUUGAUGAUGAAGGCCGUGUAGCAUUGAACCCAAUUGACUAUGCGUUACCACGCAUUCCUCCCACAUUUCCCCCUUUUCUUUCUUUCUCUUUUCUCACUCUUCUAUUUUUACGCGUUUGUAUUCGCCUGCUCCCACGGCUCGUCCGCCCGUGGGUGAUGCCAUGUGCGGUAUUAGCUACCCCCGUUACGCUGAGGUAUUCGGCUGGACGGAUUAAUUCAUCGCCUGCGCCUGGCACGUUCCGGGUAUGAUGUGCGAUGGCCAAGUUAUGGAUACUAGGCACCUACAUUCUCUAUCUAUGGGUGAGGCCGGGUAUACCGUGGGGUGCAUACACGGCACUAUGUUGAGGUACGCAGCACGAAUUGCAGGUGCCUGCGAUUGAUAACAUUCCCUACCUCCUCAUCCUCCUCUCUCUCUCCUACUAGGUGCCUACUAGGUAUAAUACUGCCUCCCACAUGUUCCCCGCCGCUUGCCGGCUUGAAGGUUGCCUCCUUGCAUACAUGCACACCUCACCUCCCA